AUGGCAGGCAUCUCGAGGGAGGUCGCCGAGCAUGAGCUCCGCAUCACGUCAGGUUCCAAGCCCGUGCACCAACGCCUGCGCUGUUUCGAUGAUGAGAGGUGCAGGGCCAUGGGCGAGGAGAUUGCCAAGCUCCUGGCAGCUGUUAUGGGACCCGGCGCAGGGGCCGGUGUGGUGCUGAUCUCGCCCGAGGGGAAUAAGCUCCACUACAUGAUCCGCCUCCACUUCUCAGCCUUGAACAAUGUCAUUGAAUACGAGGGGCUCAUCAAUGGCCUCCGUAUUGCCAUUGAGCUCGGAGCAACCCGGCUCUACGCCUACGGUGACUCCAAGCUGGUGGUGGACCAAGUCAUGAAGGAGUCCAACUGCGAAAGCUCCCUCAUGAACGCAUACUGCCAGAAGGCGCGCAAACUGGAGGACAAAUUCCGAGGAUUCGAGUUGCAUCAGGUCCCGCACUCGCCAUGA